AUGUCUUUGGUGCCAUUGUUCUUCCGAGACUGGUGGGAAGAUUUCGAACGCGAGCGAUUACCAAGACGGUUAUUGGACCAACACUUUGGUCUGGGAUUGCAUAGAGAUGAUCUGUCCAAUUUGACGUCUGCUCUGUCUUCUCCUUCUCUGAGAUCGGCCACAUACUAUAGACCAUGGCAAGGUGUACUCAACAGGCAAAAUAGUGGUACGUCCAACCUUAAGUUUGAUGAAAAACAAGUGCAAGUUAUAUUGGACGUCCAACAAUUUGGACCCGGCGAGAUUACCGUUAAAACAUCAGAAGGAGCAAUAAUUGUAGAGGGAAAACAUGAAGAAAAACAAGACGAGCAUGGUUUUAUAUCCAGACAAUUUAAAAGAAGAUAUUUAUUACCGAAAGAUGUGGACAUAGAACAGAUCGUUUCAAGCUUGUCUUCAGAUGGAAUACUUACAGUUAGCGUCCCUAAAAAGGAAACCCAAAUAACAGGUGAACGCAGUGUACCAAUUAUUCAAACAGGAAUACCAGCAGUAAAAGCAGCUGAAGCAGUGAAAAAUGACGAAACUCCCAUAGUUACUGAAAUUAAAGUUGAACAUCAAUAA